AUGUACAAGAAGUUCCCAACCCCAUUGGUUAAACCAUACUGGCCAUUCUACCUUUCCGGUGCAGUUAUGUUUUAUGCCAUCGGUAAGGCUGCUAAUUCAAGUGCAAACACUCCUGCUUUCAUCAAUGACCCAAGAAACCCACGCUUUGCUAGAGGUGAAAAGCCUGUAGAGUUAAAGAACUAA